AUGGACGAUUUCUAUCAGCCCCUCACGAAUUCCACCGAUGCCAUUAACACCUCAAAAUCCGGAGGUUUGAUUACAAAUGCCCUCACAAUUAUUCGCUCGGUGCCGUUGCCUGUUGUUCUUAGUAUCGCUUUAGCACCGGCACUUCUGGUUGUAGCAACUAGACUACUGAGCGAGAGGCCGUCGGAAAAGCAAAAGGGGAAGGAUGGAAAAUCGGUUUGGAUGCCGGCUUAUUGGGUGCCAGGGCUGGGACAUGUGGUUGCAUUUUUGGCGAAUGGAGAGAAGUUGGCUAGCGAAUUAAGAGACCAAAGUGCUCAUGGUAUAUUUGCGCUUAAUCUCGGAGGCUCUACCCAUAAUAUCAUCUCAAAUCCAAACUUGGUAAAGGCAGUACUACAGAAGAGGGAAUCAGAUGUUGCAUUCAAGACUGUUGCGUUAGAUCUAUCAACGAAGUUUUUUGGACUACCCAAAAAGGCAAAGAAAGUAUAUAUGGACAACUGGGAGGAAUACACAUCUGUUUUCACUUAUCUCAUGAAAGAACCAUAUCUAAGUAGCAUGCUGGACAAAACCAUACGCAAUCUUGAAGAACUAAUUCCACAGAUGGUUUCAUUCAUGGACAGUGAGAUAGAUCAACAUCCGUGGGAGAAAUGGGCAAAUGCGGAGUACAUUUCAAACAACGAAAUGGAGAUUGAUCUUAUGGCCUUGGUACGAGAUAUACUUGGGCAUGCUUCUGUACCAUCUCUUUUCGGACGUGAAUUUUUGGAUAAUAAUCCACAUGUCCUGCACGAUAUUUAUGAAAUGGAUCGUGGUAUGAUGUAUUUCAUCAUGGGCCUUCCAUGGUUCACUCCUUGGCCUGCUGUUGCUAGAGCUCAUUAUUCUCGCUCCCAAAUUCAACAAAGUAUGACCAAAUUUCAAGAGGCUCUUGAUGCUUCAGUCGAUGGGAAGCAAAUGGACUCCUCAUGGGGUGAUUUAGACGACGUUAGCGACUUCAUCCUGAAGAGACAUGAAUUGUUUAGAAAACAUGGCUUAAACCCGAAUGAGCGUGGAGAUAUAUCUGUUAUCUGGGCUCUCAUAGUGAACUCUACCCUCAUCGUCUACUGGCACCUCCUUUACAUCCUCUCCACUCCCGGGCUCGCCGAUAAAAUCCGCGCCGAGAUCUCCCCCUAUGCAACUGUAACCCCUGGCGAGAAAAUCGGCUCUAUUUCAGAAGCACCACGCAUCCACCUCUCUCACGAAGAGCUAUCCAAAAAAUGCCCCCUUUUCAAAUCCACCUAUCUAGAAGCCUCACGUUUAUCUUCCCAGCCCGUAUCUCUUCGAAAACUGGAAAAUGAUAUCACCCUCACCGAUGCAUCAUCUGGCAAGGACACUGACAAAACUACCUACACGCUCCACAAAAAUGAAUACGUUACCCUCCCCCACGACCUCCACAUGCGCGACCCCUCAUACUUCCCCUCCCCCGCCGAAUUCAACUCGGAGCGUUUCCUCGUCACCGAUGAAACAGGCAAAACAUCCGUCGACCCCCAAACCAUCCGUCCCUAUGGUGGCGGACCCAGCAUGUGCAAAGGACGCGUAUAUGCCGAGCGAGAAUGUUUGGCUUUCGUAGCAGGGAUCCUUAUGUAUUGGGACAUCGGACCCGUUGCGAAGAAAGGGGAGAAGAAGGGUAAAUGGACGAUUCCCAAGAUGGUAAAAACCAGUGCGGUGUGUUUGCCGGAUAAAGAAACGAGGGUGAGGAUUAAGAGGAGAGAGGUUUGA